GCCAUGGAAUUUUAUUGCACUCGCUCCAAGAAAGCCAGCGGCCGCCGAGGAAUAAAUAAAUAAAAAUUUCUCGGUGGGCUUACAUCAUGCUGCCCCAUGUCCGCGUCUGCAUUCAAAUCUGCAAAUCAUCUUUCUUAAUUUAAAGAGGAUUCCGAGACGCAGACGCAUCACAUCAAGUUUUAUGUGUGUCGGUGUCGUUCGCCCAACAAUUGGAUGAAGAUGGAGUUGCGACUUUUAACCAAAAGAUCCAAAAGGGGCCCCUGUCGAAGAACCCCCAUCCCUGCCCACCUGCUGCUCCGUUCGUGGUCUCCAUUCCCAGCUUCGUCCUCAUCCUCAUCUUCAUCUUCAUUUUGAGCUGCGACUUUGCGCAUGCGCAGACGACUGACUUCGUUUGAAGUUCUGUUGACUGAUGUUGUUGUGCGUUGUUGUUGCUCUGCUAAAAGUUGGUAAUGAAAGAAGCACACACAGAACGAGGUGUACAUAUGUGUGGCCAUAUAUGUAUAUAUAUAUAUAUAUAUGUGUGUGGUAUGUGCCAGCAGCAACAAAAGCAGCAGCAGAUGCCAAGACAACCUUGAAAUGUAUAGCAGGGUCCAACGAACGAAUAUAAAAAAGGUUCUUUGGUUCCUUGGUUCCAUGGUUCUUUGGCUCUCCAGGUUCUUGGGCUCAUUAUUUCCUUCUUCUUUUUUUUUCUACUUCAAGAAUAAGCGAGAACAGUAAGUAACUGCUCGCCGGGAAUGCCCCAAUCAGGAUAAAUCUCUGGGGUAAACGACGGCUCCAGAAAGCAAAAGUGCCAGCCGAUAAGAGGAGUAUUUUUAAACAGCCCGAAUGCGAUUGAGUUGGAAGAUAAAACCCGGAAGUUGCGGAAGUUGAAAGCGCUGGCGAAAGUUCCGACUUGGUGCGAUUAUAUAAGGGAAUCUCGCCGGUAUGCAGUAUCAGUGCAAUCCAAACGCUUGCCUUGAAAACCAUAUCCUUUGCAACUAACCACACAAUGAAAGUACUCCUGGCUUUAACUUUCCUGGCCACUUUGGCUCUUUCAGUGGCCCUUCCCCAGGUGGGACAUGGAUCUGUAAAUGGACCCAGUGGGCGCUUCCCUAUGACGAAGAAUUGGGCGCAACCUCCGGUUGAUUUGCGAAAACCCAUUAUCUUUCUGCCAGAGGCCACGCCCAUUCACGAAGCCCAGGAGUCGCGCCCCCGACUAGCCAAACAUCGCAAGAGUGGAUAGAUGCCAAGGAAUACCUAUUUAUUAUUUAAAUUUAAUAAGUAUAUGUUCGUAAGACAAUCUGUUUCGUUGACAUCUUAUAGAUGCGAAUUAUAUUUAGCAAAACAUUAGAAAAGUCAAGGAAUUUCUGAAAUAUAAGUUAAGAAACAUAGCACUAACUCGCUAUAAAAUAGCUUACAUUCUAAUAACUAAAUUUGGCCUUCAUUCGAAUUAAUUGAACAUGAAGUUCACAAAAAUUAGGUACAAAAACAUUAAUUUACUUUGGAGAAGGACGAAACAUAAUUUAAUCUUGCUUACAAAUUUACAAAAUGCAACCAGUUUUUUUCGCGUGCUAUAUUUUAUUGAGUUUUUGAUAAAUUUCGCUAAUCAAACAUUACAACAUAUAUAUAUGGCGUGCUUAAUGGCACUAACUAAUGCUUAACUAAUAACUUAUUUAAUUUAAAACAUUAAUUUCUGUGCCAGAUAUAAAACAAGUAAGGCAAUGCAAAUAAAUUGUUUGAUUGUAGCUGAAGAACUUUAAAUUAAGUUCUUUAUUAACCAGUUUGAUACUCAACGAAUUAUAGCACCUGUUUCUCUGGCAGUUCAGAUGGAGCUACUGUUUGUUGGUUCUUUUGCUAUUAAUCAAGACCCAUUUUUAUUUAAAUUUAUUUCUGAAUUUAUCAAAGAUACUAGUUUCCCAUAUAUGUAUGUGUAUGUAUUACAAUCAAUGACGAAUGAGCAGUAUGAGUGCUUGAGCAGUUUCCCAAGUUACUAAAUAUUGAAGAUAAAUAUUUCUAGAAAAAAAACAAUCAUUCCUAAUUUGAAUCUCUUAUAGAAAAACACGUGCAGACAAUAUUUAAUUGAAAACAAAUCCUAUGAUUGGCCCUUUACCAGAAAUAAGCAGAAACUUGAUGAAUAUUCAUUGCCUAGUUGACAUAAUUAAUCCAUAGUCACCUAAUUUAGAUAAAAAACUUGUUUUCCCAAACUGAUUGGGGAUCCCCCAAGGCACAAACGACGAAUUUAUUACAUCUCAAAAGUAUUCUAGCAAAGCUAUUUAGAUUUCAUUUUAACGUAGCUACUGUUUCAAAACCCGAAAAAAAUUGUGGAACCGACGUGUUAAAUUAAAAUGCAAAUU